CAUGGACAGAUGUCCGGUGUGAAGUGAAUCAGACAGACACGUGACGGUGAUUUAUCAAUGAUAGAACAAGCUCAGCACAGGAAGCCUGGCAGCUUAGCUAUGUGACUGCUCUUAUUAGCUAGCAUGCUAAUGCCAAUGGACGCGCUGGGAGGAGAGCGCGCAGCGUUGUAGUUUUCACAAUGACGGAUCAGCAGUUCAGGACUCUGGCUUACACGAAGAGCCCGAAAACAUCCAGGAGAACCACGUUUCAGGAUGAACUCCAGGCUGCUGUCUCCACCAGGGCAAGCAGACCAAAACCAGAUCGAUACUUGUACUCUGACGACUUCAAUGAGGAUGAAGACGAUUUUUUGAACCAGCUCAUCAAAUCUAAAAUCAACGACUUUGGAUUUUCAGACGACGAGGACAAACAUGGCAAGCCGAAGAGAGUUUCAUUCCUGAAAAACCAGAGAAUCGUCUCUCCCUCGGACGACGCGGCGGCUUCAGAGUCACGUGAAAACGAGCCGCCCGACUCUUCCAGCGGCCCACACGGCAAUUACGACUCCUUGUCCUCACAGCGCUCCACCAACAUCAGUAACGAAAAUGUACGAUUUGAAAGCAGUGAUGCUGUGUCCGCCGAUCCCCAAAUCACGAGAGAGAGCUCAAGUAAAUCUCUGUCGUACCAUACAUCAGAUGACUCUCUACUGGACAUGCCAUUGCCCUUACCAUCUGACAACCGUGUGGCGGAAUAUCCAGGUCCCGAAGAGAAGAGGAACUCUGUUCUGGAGGAAAGCUCCCAGACGCUGCAGUUUUCAGCAACUGACCUCACACAUGUGUCCUCAGCAGAUACCAAUAGGGAGCCACCCAGGCCCAAACCGAGGCAAAGGACUCUGGGAUUGAGCCGUCACGCUGUUGAGAAGACACCUGAAGACGCUGGAUCUCUGGAUCUCAGCAGGCCCCAGACGUCCUCUGCAUCCAUUCCCCUCUCCUCUGACACGUCCAGCAACAUCGCCUGGACAGAAGGAAGUAACACAGUUUCAUUCGGCCACAGCAAAUCCUCUUCAAGUAAGAGUGAGCAGUCACAGCUCUUCACCAAAACCACAGUUGAUUCCGGAUCAGCAGAUGGCUUCAUUUCCAAUGACAGCAAAGAGCGGGAGAAACAGUACUCCACAUCAUUUGAAGAGUUUAAUGCAGAAUCAGGAGAUCACUCGCAGCUGCUCUCUCGUGUCCACGAAAAAUCCUUUGAUACCAGGGCAUCCAGUUCUCACUCUGAGACCGCCCAGAGAUCGCACAGUGCGUGCUCCAGGAAAGUGGAAUCGAGGUAUCUGGGAACUCUCAAACUUCUGGAUCGUAAAGUCUCGCUGCAAGAAUCUCAGCCUCAAUCAGCAGAUUCAAUCAGAGCCGCCAUUUACCAGGAAUGGCUUCAAAAGAAAAAGGAAAAGUCAAGAGAGAACAUGCAACUAAAGAAGAAGGAGGAAAUCCUGAAAGAAAAGAAGAAAAGGGCAGAAGAGGCUAAAAAGGAAGAUGCUGUUACAUCAUAUGAGGCUUGGAAAGAAAAAAAGGCCGAGAGCCUCAAAGCAAAAGCCACAGAAAAGCAGGACACAAUCAGAAAAGUGCAAAGAGCGAUUGAAGAGAAAGAAGAGAAGAAGCAAUCUGCUAAACAGGUUUUUGAAAAAUGGAAAAGUGAGCAUGAUCAUCUCCUCAAAGAAACGUUCAGAAAACAAAAAGAGGCUGAAAACAAACUGCGGUUCCGAAAACAGGAGGAAGAGGAGGAAAGAAAGAGAGAUAGCAAAUCUGCCUUUUCUGACUGGCGUGAAAAGAAGACAGUUGUUCUCCAUGAAAAAGUCACGACGAAGCGCGAGGAAAUCCAAAAUAAAGCUGAGGAGGAACGCUACAUGAAAGAGGAGAGAGACAAAAUGGCCUUGGAGAUGUAUGAAAACUGGCUGGUUCGGAAAGAUCUGGAACAGAAGAGACAGAGAGAAGAAAGGCGAAUACAAGCGAUACUCCAAGACGGUCCUCCUCCUCCGUGGAGCCCACCGAAUAAAACCAUACCAUUUCGAAAAUAGAAUGCAGCAUACCACCCACAAAAUAUCUGUGGGUUCUGUGUUACAUUUGAAGUUUGUACUGUAUGUUGUGUUUUAAACAUAGUUGAUGGCAGCUGCUUCAUUUUAUAUAUAUAUUUACAUUUUGUACAUUUCAGAUGUUUUGGAUUAGGCAACAGCUCUGGCGCAAGAUGAUAUUUUUAUGUUUUUUGGUGAAAUGGUACAGUAUGUUGAGAAAGUUGGAAAAUAUUCCUGUGACAUGGUGACAUGUCAGUAUCAAAGGAAACUUACAAUAACAAAACUCUUUUUAUAAAUGUCGUGAUCUGUUAUUACCAUGUUAGACAUCUGAAUGUAAAGCAGCAAUAAGAAAAGCAUUUUGAUAUUAAAAGCUAAUAUAAUUGGUCUGCGGAUUCCUCUACU